UUGUCGUGUUAUCACGUAUAGACGAAUGGAGUUCAUAUGUGAAUUUACACUCAAAGAGGUUAGAGCUAGUGACAGAAAUGGAACUGAUGUACAUAUCGCCAGUGCUCAUAGCAGUGCUCUGUUCUCUUUACUAUUACUUCACAAGGACGUUCAACUACUGGAAGGACAGAGGCAUCGUUGGACCACAACCAAUUCCAUUAUUCGGCAAUGUUAUAAAAGCUGCACUUCGAUAUGAAACUCAUGGAGAACCGAUCGCUAAUCUUUACCAUCAGUAUCCAAAUGAAAAAGUGGUUGGAAUGUUCAGAAUGACUGAACCUUAUCUUUUAAUCAAGGAUUUGGACAUCAUCAAACAAAUACUAAUCAAAGAUUUCGAUAAAUUUUCCGACCGUGGCGUCGAGCUAAGUGAAGAAGGUCUUGGAACAAAUCUGUUUCAUGCCGACACCGAGACUUGGAGUGUACUCAGAAGUCGUUUCACACCAUUGUUUACAUCUGGAAAAUUAAAAAAUAUGAUUCAUCUGAUGACCGAACGCGGAGACAAAUUCAUUAAAUACGUUGAAAGCAUCACAGAAAAUCAAGCAGAACAUCAAAUCCACAGCCUAGUUCAAAAGUAUACUAUCUCUACAAUAGCAGCGUGUGCCUUUGGUAUGGACAUUGACGAUAUUUCAGAUAACAACCCAAUGAUUAAAAUCCUGAAUAGAAUAGACCGUGAAGUGUUUUCUAUAAAUUUUGCAUUCGAAAUAAUUUUGAUGUAUCCACGUCUACUCAAGAAACUGAAUUUAUCUGUGUUUCCUAAAUAUGUCACCAACUUCUUUUACAAAUUAACAAACUCUAUAAUUAGUGAGAGAAAAGGCAAGCCCACAGAAAGGAGAGACUUUAUGGAUUUGAUUUUAGAAUUGAAGGAACAAAAAGAAAUUCAGUCUACAAAAAAGUUUGAGAACGAUAUACAAAUGCAUUUGGAGAUUUCUGAAAGUAUCAUUGCCGCGCAGUCUUUCGCAUUUUAUGCAGGAGGAUACGAAACUAGUGCUACUACCAUGACUUUCUUGUUGUAUCUGUUAGCAAUGAAUCCGCACGUCCAAGAAAAACUACAUCAGGAAAUAGAUAAAACAUAUGAGAUCCAUAAUGGUGAAUUGAGCUACGAAAUAAUAAAAAGUAUGACCUAUUUACAUCAAGUGUUUGAUGAGACGCUCCGUCUAUUUCCUAUAGUGGAACCAUUACAACGACGUGCUAAAAACGACUACAAAAUACCAGGCACUGAUAUUGUUAUUGAGAAAGACAAAAUAGUAUUAAUUUCACUUCGAGGUAUUCAUCAUGAUCCUAAAUAUUACCCUAAUCCAGAAGUGUUUGAUCCGGAGAGAUUUAAUGCAAAAAAUUCAGCUGCGAGGCAUCCUUGUGCAUAUAUGCCAUUCGGAGUUGGUCCAAGGAAUUGUAUUGGCUUACGCUUCGCUAAGCUGCAGUCCAGCAUAUGCAUUAUCAAGUUCCUAUCAAAAUUCCGGGUAGAACCAUCUGAGAACACGCUGAAGGAAAUGAAGUUCGACCCAAAAAGGGUAGUGAUGUCGCCAUCUGACGGGAUUUUGAUAAACAUACUGCCAAGAAAAUACAUUUGUAAUAACUAUUGGUUUUAAUAAAUACACAACGAAACCUAAUUAACACUCCAUUGAGAUAGAGAGCUCUAUCAAGGAUUCUAUAAGAUUUGUUCAACUUAGAACGGAAAAUACUACCACCACCUAACUAGCUAACAAGUUGUUAAACUAAUCGCUGCAUAUAUUGUUUAAGUGCAAUAAAAAACAUAUAUAAAAUACUCGUAAGCUAAUGGCCAACCUGGAAGAUGAAAUCGUGAAAAUACACUAUUCAAAAGCGUUUAAAAUUAAAUUUACUUGUAAAUUACUUGUAAUUUAUUUGUAAAAUAAAUUUUAUUUUUCCUAAGUGGACGAAGUCGCGGGAUAUCUAAAAAUCUGUAUAUAUUAACCGUUUACUUUGAAGACAAA